AGUAGGCGGGGAGCAGAACCAGCGGAGGAGCCGCUCUUCGCCGUCCCCUCCAUCUUCUUCAUCAUCUUCCUCUUCUCGCUCGCGCUGAAUCAAACUGCUCUCAUUCUCCUCCUUUUCAACAUCCAGCCGGGGACCUUCACCGUCAUCGCCAUCGGCUUCUCCCCCGACUGUCGUCCCGCCGCCGGGUCACCAUGGCAACGGUCAUCUGCACUCGUUUCACCGAGGAGUACCAACUGUACGAGGAGCUGGGAAAGGGUGCGUUCUCAGUCGUGCGCCGCUGCGUGAAGGUGCUGUCGGGUCAGGAGUUCGCCGCCAAGAUCAUCAACACCAAGAAGCUGUCGGCGCGAGAUCAUCAAAAGCUGGACCGCGAAGCUCGAAUUUGCCGGCUGCUCAAGCACCCCAACAUCGUGCGCCUUCACGACAGCAUCUCGGAGGAGGCUCAUCAUUACCUCAUCUUUGACUUGGUGACAGGUGGCGAGUUGUUUGAAGACAUCGUCGCCCGAGAGUAUUACAGCGAAGCCGAUGCCAGCCACUGCAUCCAGCAAAUUCUGGAGGCGGUGCUUCACUGUCACCAGAUGGGCGUCGUCCACCGCGACCUGAAGCCGGAGAAUUUGCUGCUGGCCUCCAAGUCCAAGGGGGCGGCGGUCAAGCUGGCCGACUUUGGGCUGGCCAUCGAGGUGGAGGGCGAGCAGCAGGCCUGGUUCGGCUUUGCCGGGACUCCUGGAUAUCUUUCUCCCGAAGUUCUGCGGAAGGACCCUUACGGGAAAGCCGUGGACCUGUGGGCCUGCGGUGUGAUCCUGUACAUCCUCCUGGUGGGCUAUCCUCCCUUUUGGGAUGAAGACCAGCACCGUCUGUAUCAGCAGAUCAAAGCGGGAGCGUACGAUUUCCCGUCGCCCGAGUGGGACACGGUGACUCCCGAGGCCAAAGAUCUCAUCAACAAGAUGUUGACCAUCAACCCGUCCAAACGCAUCUCGGCCGCCGAGGCCCUCAAGCACCCCUGGAUCUCUCAUCGCUCCACGGUGGCGUCCUGUAUGCAUCGGCAGGAGACGGUGGAAUGUCUGAAAAAGUUUAACGCCCGCCGCAAGCUCAAGGGCGCCAUCUUGACCACCAUGUUGGCCACCCGCAACUUCUCAGGAGGGAAGACCGGAAACAAGAAGACGGACGGCGUCAAGGAGUCCUCAGAGAGCACAAACACCACCAUUGAGGAUGAGGACACUCGAGUGAGGAAGCAGGACAUCAUCAAAGUGACGGAGAUGCUGAUCGAGGCCAUCAGUAACGGCGACUUUGAGAGCUACACGAAGAUGUGCGACCCGGCCGUGACGGCGUUCGAACCCGAGGCGCUGGGGAACCUGGUGGAAGGGCUGGACUUCCAUCGCUUCUACUUUGAAAACUUGUGGUCCAAGAACAGCAAGCCCGUGCACACCACCAUCUUGAACCCUCACAUCCACCUGGUGGGCGAGGAGGCGGCGUGCAUCGCGUACAUCCGCGUCACUCAGUACAUCGACGGCAAUGGGACGCCGCGCACCGUCCAGUCGGAGGAGACCCGGGUGUGGCACCGCCGCGACGGCAAGUGGCAGAUCGUCCACUUCCACCGCUCGGGCUCGCCCUCCACGCUGAGCAACUAACUUCCUACGUUGGCGGUCCUUUGAUGAGGUCACCGUCACCCGGACGACCAAUUGAAUGACAGAAGGCCGGUCCCGUCAACAAAUAGGAAGAGGAGGCGCUUGAGGGUGGGGCCGAACCGCAACAAACCCCUUCAAUGUUAAUCCGUCCAUGACCAAUCAGAGCCCCGUCCCUUUUUUAUUUAUUUAUUUUUUUGGGUUGCUUCAGCCACACCCCUCAUUGUAUACCCUUAGUUCUGUUAUCAUGUGACUGAUGAAUAACAGACCUCCCUCACCACACACGUCACAGAACUCCCUGUGGCCAGAGGGCUUAACAUAGCUCAGCGUUGCAAAGUGAAAUGUCUAUCCGUAAACAGAGAGGGAAGUGGCAAGUGUGUGGGUGUGUGUGCAUGUGUGGGUGAGAGAGAGAGAGAUUUGCCAGCUAACCAGUAGGGGGCGGUAUGACCGAAUCCAGUUGUUAUCGCGAUUGCUACAUUUUGUUCCAUCCAGACGCUUCCUUCUCUCCUCUUUGACCUCUCGAGCUUCCAUAAACUCCUCCACUUUGACUCCGCCCCCUCAGGGGUCUGCUCCUUCCAAGCCCCGCCUCCUUCACUACCCUUGGGCGGAGUCUAACAGACAUAGUAAUAAUUCAAAAGACAAAAAAAA